UAAAUAAAAGCAAGGCCACAAAUCCUAGGGAAAAGACUCUGUGUUUUUCUUCUUCUUCUUUAUUUUUGUGUAUUUUCUCCUUUUCCUUUGAUCCAAGCUGUAAAGAAAAAUCCGGGUCCUCUUUUGGUUCUGAGUUCUUGGGUUUACCUUGAGAGAUGGCGAUAAACGGCGGUGUUACGUGGCGGACGACGGAGAAGAUCGACGGCGAAGUUCAUGUUCUGGCCGUUGAUGAUAGUCUCGUUGAUCGGAAAGUCAUUGAAAGGUUGCUCAGAAUAUCCUCUUGCAAAGUGACUGCAGUGGAUAGUGGAAUCAGAGCUUUGCAGUUCUUGGGAUUAGAUGAAGAGAAAAACAGUAAUGGCUUUAACGAUUUGAAAGUCGAUCUGAUUAUCACCGAUUAUUGUAUGCCCGGAAUGACGGGCUAUGAACUGCUCAAGAAAGUGAAGGAAUCCUCUGCUUUUAGAGAAACCCCUGUCGUAAUCAUGUCAUCGGAGAACGUUCUAGCUCGAGUCGACAGAUGUUUAGAAGAAGGAGCGAAGGAUUUCAUAGUGAAGCCGGUGAAAUUAUCAGAUGUUAAACGCAUAAAAGAUUACAUGAACAGAGACUUCCGAAUCGGAGACGGAGAAGAAAAAGAAAAAUCAAGAAAAGGAAUCAACAAGAGAAAGCUAAGAGACAGCUUUGAUGAUCUCUCUUCAUCUCCACCGUCCAUUUUAUCAUCAUCUACGAUUUUAUCAUCAUCAUCAUCAUCUCCAUCUCCAUCUCCACAAUCACACUCACCAUCGCCGUCGCCAUCACCGCCGUCAAUCCUAUCAGCAUCAGCACCGAGUUCUCCAUCACCACUAGAUUCUCCCACCAGACGUCUCAAAGCGACAAGCUCCGAAUAGAACAGAA